AGCGGCGCCGAGCCCCUGCUCCGCGGAGCUGCGCGGCGGGUCCCGGCGGCGAGCCGGCCCCCGCGCCCCGGCCCUGCCGCGCGGCAGCGGGCGGAGGAGCCGCCGCCGCCGCGAUGAAGCCGUGCGAGGAGGCGGAGGGGGCGGCCGGCGGCGGGGACCCCUGGAAGGAGUGCGCCGAGGUGGCGGUGCAGCUGGCGCUCCGCGCCGGGCAGAUUAUUAGGAAAGCUCUAACAGAGGAAAAACAAGUGUCUACAAAGACAUCUGCAGCAGAUCUUGUGACAGAAACUGAUCAUUUUGUGGAAAAUUUAAUUAUUUCUGCUCUGAAAGAGAAGUUUCCCUCCCACAGGUUUAUCGCAGAAGAAUCCACUGCUGCUGGUUCAGAAUGUAUCCUCACAGACAGUCCUACCUGGAUUAUUGACCCUGUUGAUGGAACAUGCAAUUUUGUGCACAGGUUUCCAACAGUGGCAGUGAGCAUUGGAUUUGCUGUUAACAAAGAGCUUGAAUUUGGUGUAAUUUACCACUGCACUGAAGAACGGUUAUACACUGGUAGAAGAGGUCAAGGGGCAUUUUGUAAUGACAAAAGGCUUCAGGUAUCAAAAGAGACAGAUAUCUCGAAGGCCUUAAUUUUAACAGAAAUUGGUCCAAAACGUGACCCUGCAACUUUGAAAUUGUUCCUUGGUAACAUUGAGAGAUUGCUCAAGGCCCAAGCACAUGGGGUUCGUGUAAUCGGAAGUUCUACCCUGGCGCUGUGCCAUUUGGCAUCUGGUGCUGCAGAUGCCUAUUACCAGUUUGGCUUGCACUGCUGGGACUUGGCAGCAGCUACUGUCAUUAUUAGAGAGGCAGGUGGCACCGUGAUAGACACUUCAGGGGGACCUCUGGAUCUUAUGUCCUGCCGAGUGAUUGCUGCGGGCACUAGAGAGAUGGCUAUGUUCAUAGCUCAGGAAAUACAAACUAUUCACUACAGACGGGAUGAUGAAAACUGAUGGAAAUUAAAUUCUUGUAAUAUGUACCCUCCUGAACUACAUAAUUUUAGCGAGAUGGGUGGCUUAAAGGGUACGUGAUUUCAGCAGAAUGCUUUCUGCGGAGAUUUUGUGUCAAAUAUUUUUUACAAAUUUAUUACAAUAUGGGAAGGCAUGGGAAGAUUUUUAAACCUCUGAGGAUCAUGUUUCCUUUUUAAUAUGUAUUUCUUUCAGCAGUAUCUUUUUUAUAAGAUAGCAUAUUUUACUUGUAGCGUUUGUUUCAAAAUUAGGUUGUAAUUUCUUAUCUGUGGGGCUGAAAUGUAGUCUUUUGUAACAUGCAGCUAAAAAUGGAACUUUAUUUUUACAGAUGCAGAUCUCAGGUAAAUGAGCUUUAGGACUGUAAUAAGGAUGAGUAGUUAAGAUGUGUGCCUACAAUACCCUUGUUCUAUGAUACUUAAGAAUGCAAUAAAAGUGACAUUACUAUUUCCUAACUAUGUCAUAGCUAUAUUUCUGUAUAUGUGUAUGUGUACAUAUAUAUAUAUGUCUGUGUAUAUAGAUACACCCAUACAUGUAUAUGAAAGCAUACACACACACAUAUAUAUAUACAUACACAUACCCAUGUGUAUAUAUGGGUAUCUUGGAUGUUUACAGCAAUUUAGAGAAUGGAUAGAAGAAAGCUAAUAUUAGAUGUUCUUUUCAGGUAAAGAGUGUAUGUUACUUGUGUGACUUCUGUGGGGGCUACCAAAUGGCUCAUGACAGAACUGACCAUGGAAAAUGUUCAAUGAUUUUACAAAUUGUCCAGCUAGUUCUUGUUUUCUUUUAUCUCGUUUCACAGGGAUAAAUCAUACUGUCCUCCUACAGGCCUCUGUAAGAUAGUCAAACCUGCCAAUACUUACUGUCACAAAGUAAUUAUAGUUAAACCCAGGAACACUGAACUUCAGGAGUUAUUCACAGUAUUAACUAUGACACACAGUAGCAGGCCAGCUGUGUGAAGGAGCUGUUGAUUUUAGUAACACUUUGCGCAGUAUUUGGCCCCUACUACCAAAUUAUUAAAAAUAAGCUCAUAUGCUAUGCUUGCAAAAAGGUAACUGUAAAUCACACGUCCUUCUCACACAGAGUUGUAAUCAUACCUUUUGAAUGGAAAAAAUGCAAAAUCAGUUAUAUACCUUUUGUAUAUAACAGUUGCACAGUUGCUCUCUACCCUUGUAUCUAUCAGUUUUUAAUUCCACGAAGAUAACCUUUUUUUAUUUAGAUCACUUUAUUGAAAAAUAGGUAAGAUAAAAAAUAAAAAAAGUUCAGAUGAGAUCAUCUCUGAUUUUUCUUAAAAGGUUGAAUUUAAAGAUAUCUCUUUUUUAGAAUAGUGAAAAUUAAAUAAAUGAAUAUACCGAAAAAUAUCUACUGGUUAAAAUUUUUUAAAUUUGUUUUUACAGUGCAUGUGUAGGCUUUGUAAAUGUGCUCAGAUAUCUACCCAGAAAACACAAAUUAGAGUUUUCUAAAAUAACCUGAAAUGUCUUUCUUGCAAUGAAAAAUGUUUUUCACUGAAUAUAACACAAAUUCUGUGAGAUUUCUUGAUCUUAUUUUCAAAGAGAAGUACGAAGUGUUGGCUGUGUGAAGAAUGUCUAAAAUGCAGGCCCUUAAUUCGACUCAGCAUUGAGGAACUCCGAUAGUUUCUCAACAGGCAGACAAGGCUGUCCAUCACGGCGGCCCAGCUCGUUGUAUCCCACUGCUGCCGCUCCUCUGAAACUUAGAUUGUAAGCCCCUGGGGGCAGGGACUGUACUUUGGUUCUGGGUUUGCACAGUGCUAAUAGGAUGGGAUUCUGGUCCGUGGCAGGGCACUGAGGUGCUAUAAUCAUGCAAAUAAUAAAUACUAAUAAGCUCA